CCACAAUGCAAUGCGUUAAACAACAUAACAAACAUGGCGCCACUUCCGGCAUAACUGUCGUACUUUCGCGAUGAAGGAGGCUUUGACCCUGGUCCACAGACUGAACGCACAUCCAGACUCGAGGUGCUGGUUCGUCUGCUGGAGUCCAAACGGAGCACUUCUGGCCUCAUGUGGGGGCGACAAGGCCAUCCGGAUCUGGGGACGAGAGGGCGAGUCGUGGGUAUGUAAGAGCGUGCUGGAGGACAGUCAUCAGCGCACUGUAAGGAAGGUGGCGUGGUCUCCCUGUGGGAAUUAUCUAGCCUCUGCUAGCUUUGAUGCCACGACAUGCAUCUGGAAAAAGAAAAAUGACAAAUUUGAGAGCUUGACCGUGUUGGAGGGACAUGAAAAUGAGGUGAAAUGUGUGGCUUGGGCUCCUUCAGGCAAUCUGCUAGCGACCUGCAGCCGGGACAAGAGCGUUUGGGUUUGGGAAGUGGACGAGGAAGAUGAUUACGAGUGUGUCACAGUUGUCAAUUCUCACACACAAGAUGUCAAACAUGUUGCGUGGCACCCGACACAAGACCUUCUAGCCUCAGCGAGCUACGACAACAACAUCUGCAUUUACAAGGAGGAGGAUGACGACUGGGAGUGCAGGGCCACUCUGCAGGGCCACACAUCCACUGUGUGGAGUUUGUCCUUCAGCGCCACCGGAGACAGGCUGGCGUCAUGCAGUGAUGAUCGCACUGUCAAGAUUUGGAAGGAGUGUCCAGCUGAAAGCGGCCAAGGUGACUUGUCGUGGAAGUGUGUCUGCACACUCUCUGGAUAUCAUGGACGAACUGUGUAUGAUAUUGACUGGUGUCGUCUGACUGGGGCCCUGGCAACUGCUUGCGGUGACGACGCAGUCAGAGUGUUUAAGGAGGACGCGUCACUUGACCCAGACCAGCCAGUGUUCUCCCUGGCCGCACAGGUGCCCAAAGCUCACAGUCAGGACGUGAACUGUGUGGCAUGGAACCCCAAGGAAGCCGGAAUGUUGGCUUCCUGCAGCGACAGUGGGGAUAUUGCCAUCUGGACUUACCAAGAGCAGGACUGAACCAUUAAUCAAAGCUUCAACAUGAUUGUGCUUAUAAUGGUGUAAAAAAAAAAAAAGUUUAAUCAAUCUGAUGUUUAUGAAAAAAUAAAAGUCACACACAACUACAUGGUUUCUCUUUAU